GCCAAGGGACUGUAUGACUUUGAUGGAGACAAAGCUGGGGGUGAAAUCUCAUUCCGAGCAGAUGAAAUUCUCACUAUUAUUAGUCAGGAUGUAGGUGAGGGUUGGUGGGAGGCCAAAAAAGCCAACGGAGAGCAGGGAUUUUUACCAGAAGCUUAUGUUCAACUGAUAACUAAUUCAGGACCCCCAGAGCCUGAUUUCCCCCCACCCCCAGCCCCACCCAGCAGUUUUCCUGCGUCUAUACCACAGAGCCAAAGUGUUCAGUCUCAUGACUCAUGGGACCAGCCCACACCUCCUGCACAGGACAACUGGGGAUCCCAGCAAUCCAACACUGAGGCAUGGAGUCAGCCUGCCCAACCAGUGCCACCUCAGCAACCUGCAGUAGCCCAGACCUCAACCACCAACAACCAGGCAGGUCUGCCACAACAACAGAGCUAUGAGGACUGGGAUGACGAUUGGGAUGAUGAUGAAUCUUCCACAACUACGCAAGAGGAGUUGGCUGGUCCAGGGACUUUUGGACUUUCAGCGCCUAACAGGCAGAAACCUUCAGGGGACCCUGGGAAACCCACUGGUACAGUCAGCAAAAGAUUUGGAAGUCGAUUUUCGUCAUUUGCCAAGAUGGGAGGAGAUGCUUUUCUCCUUGGCCAGAACACCGCAGCAGUGCCUGAUGCUGAUAGGAAACCGAAAGUUAUUGAGAGUAGUGAGGGUCCACUUUGGCUCCAACCUGAUAACCAAUACACAUGUGUUAUAGCCUCCCCCAAAAAAGAAUCUAAACUAAAAGGACUGAAAAGUUUUAUAGCAUAUCAGAUUACACCUACAUUUAGUAACAUCCAAGUAAGCAGACGGUAUAAACACUUUGAUUGGUUGCACGAGCGACUGGUGGAAAAGUUUCCCUGUAUACAGGUGCCUCCUUUGCCUGAUAAGCAAGUAUCUGGUCGUUAUGAGGAUGACUUUAUCAUGGGACGUAUGCGCCAGUUACAACAAUGGAUGAACAGGAUGUGCCGUCAUCCCGUUGUGUCACAAUCUGACGUCUUCCAUCAUUUUCUCACUUGUACAGAUGAAAAGAAAUGGAAGAUUGGGAAGAGAAAUGCUGAAAAAGAUCCAUUUAAUGGUGGGAAGAUGUUCUUCACUGUAGAUGUGCCUAGUACACCAUUAGAUAGCAAGGACGUAGAGGCUAAACUAGAAGUGUUUUCCAAGUUUUCCCGCAAUAUGUACGAGUCAAACAGCCAAGUGUUAAAUGUAAUGACAGAAAACAUCAAAAAACACCAAGGACCUUACAAGAGAGAGUUUCAAAAGAUUGGUCACAGUAUAACAAACCUUGGCAAAGCAUUUGAGAUGGAUGCCUACCCUGGCUCUGAUAAACUCACUGCAGCCCUGAGGAACACUGGACAGACAUAUGAUGAAAUAGGCACAUUGUAUGACGAACAGCCAAAGUUUGAUAGUGACCCACUUACUGAUGCUCUACAUGAGUGGAAGGGUCUGCUCUCCACAUGGCCUGAUAACAUAAAUGUACAUAAGAGUGCAAUGAGUAAAGUGAAGGAGGUUCAGAAGGCUUCAGAUGAGGGCAAGAUGUCUGAAUCUGAAGCUCAAGGAGUAGUGAAUAGAGCUGACAGCAUCAGCUAUGUCACAUUAGCAGAAAUAGAUCACUUCCACAAAGGCAGAGUCAAUGACUAUAGAGUCAUGAUGAAAGAAUAUUUACAGGCCCAGUUAGAGUUUUAUAAAAAGAUCACAAAUAAAGUAGAAGAUACUUUGCGUUACUAUGACGAUGUUUGAGGUGCAAUACAACUAGGAGUCCCAACGCUAUUACAUAUUUACUGGACUGUCAGAUCCUUACAUUCAAAUACAGCACAUAACAACACUGCAGAGAUGGUCAUGAAUAAAAUACAGCACAACCUGACUGUUGAGGGUUGCUUAUACAUAAAUACAGAGCAUAGUGCCUUGGAAAGUGGGAAACAAGGGGGGGGGGGAAUACAGCCCUUGGUGUCUUUCACUGAAGGGAGGUGCUAGUUAGUAGUAUAGUAGUGCCUUGGACAGACAGUGGGAGGGGGAUGCAGCAUUCUUGUCUUAAGGAUUACAUGAGAUUGACUGUUAGGGCAUCUGUAUAUAGGAAUGUAGUAUUGUACAUUUACAUAGAAAAUUCGGGAUCUAAUGGAAGCUCUGAUCUAUUGCAGUGUUCAUUCUCUAAAUUACUGAGUAAAAAGGAAUCACGGAGCUUCAUAUAAAAGGAUUGGAAUACACUCGACGUAUGAGUUAUCAUGGAAAAAGUCAACUACCAUGUAGCUUAUUUUUCAAAUUAUAUUGAAAAUAUGACACGACCCUAGUCACACUUAAGGUGGGAAGAGUUGGGUGAAUUUUAGACCAAUUUAUACAGCUAGCCUUCAUGUACGAGUAUAAAUGUUGACCUGGAUUACCUUAAUAGUUGAGUGUAUGUGUGGGUACUGCAGUAUUAGCUCAUCACUGGGAAUCAGGAAUGAGGUAUUACCUCACAUAAUUAUGUACAGUUCUUGUUUUAAUCCAAGCAUUGCCAAAAGCUCAAUGAAAGCACUAUUGCUUAAUAUGUUAGUCAACAGGUCAAGACUAUUGCUUAAAAUAAUUUAAUUUAGACAAUUUGAUUGUUGUUCAUUCUUUCCAUCUUUUAUUGACAGAUCAGUUCACUCUGCCUUAAAUGAAAGUUCCUAAUAUUAUACACUAUGUGUAUAUGCUGUAUAUUGUAAAUGUAUAUUUAAUUGAAAUGAUACUUUACAUUACAGGCUUUCUAGAGAGUUCAUAAUUGUGUUAUUAUGUAUAUUAUAUUACAUGUAGUGGGCUCGUUACUCCUGAAACUGAACUGCUUACAAAUCAA